AAUGAAUAAGACUAAAGACUUGGAACAUUUUUUAGACAAUAAAAAGUUAUCAAAAUACAAACAAACUGAUCCAAUUCAUCAUUGUGCCUCAAAAAAAUUGUUUAUUAUGCUGAUAAGCAGAAAAGAACUUGAUACAAAACGUCUGCCAUACCCCUAGAGCCAAAGAUAAGGCUAUCACCUCUAGACAAUGAAUAAGAAAAAAAGAAGAAUCUAAUAUCAUUAAGUAUCAUAUUCCAUUGCUUGGCAUUUUUAACAUCAUUUUGUUGUCAUCAUUUCAUAAGUUCACUUUCAUCAUGGCAUUUGUCUGUCUUGCUGAUUUUCAGAAGAAAGCUGAGACGAUUCUUGAAAAGAGCUCUUUGGAAUACUUUCAAUCUGGAGCAGGUGAUGAAUUAACAUUAAGUUUGAAUAGGGAAGCAUUUAAAAGGUUGCGAAUACGCCCAAGGUUCCUUCGGAACAUUACUAAACUUAAUACGACCACGACAAUUCUAGGAUGUGAAGUUAAAUGGCCUCUUGGAAUUUCACCUUGUGCCAACCAACGUUUGGCUCAUCCUGACGGAGAAAUAGGGACUGCAAGAGCUACUGGAAAAACUGGCGGAAUUUUUAUUCUAAGUACAGGCUCAAAUACGCCAAUGGAAGAAGUUGCCAAAGGUGCUCCGGAUACACAUAAAUGGUUUAACCUUUACAUUUACAAAGAUAGACUUUUGACGGAGAGUCUAGUUCGCAGAGCUGAAAAAUCCAACUACAAAGCCAUAGUUCUUACAAUAGAUUCUCAAAUUUCUGGCCAACGUCGCGCAGAUAUUCGAAAUAAAUUCAGUUUGCCACCAAAUUUAAGUUUUGCAAAUUUCUCAGAUUCAAAAGCAAGUACAGUUAAAAGCUCAGGAGCCGGCUCUGGCCUCAGUGAAUACUUUUCCAGUCUAUUCGAUCCGACAAUUACAUGGAAAGACGUUGAAUGGCUAGUGAAGAUGACAAAUCUUCCGAUCAUUGUGAAAGGAGUUCUCACUCGUGAAGAUGCCAUAUUGGCUAAAGAAUUCGGUUGUAAGGGAAUAAUUGUAUCGAAUCAUGGAGCAAGGCAGUUAGAUUCGGUGCCAGCAACGAUUGAAGCACUUCCGGAAAUUGUUGAUGCUGUCGGAAAUGAUUUGCCUGUAAUGAUGGAUGGUGGAAUCAUGGAUGGAAACGAUAUGUUAAAAGCCUUAGCAUUGGGUGCUAAAAUGGUUUUUAUAGGUCGAGCAGCUGUUUGGGGUCUUGCGUGUAAUGGGCAAAAGGGCGUGGAGGAAAUGUUAUCAAUUUUGAAAAAAGACUUUGAAGUUGUAAUGAGUCUUUCAGGGUGUCUCAAUUUGAAGAGCAUUCAGCCAAAUUUGGUGGCCCAUGAAUCAACUUAUGCUAAGUUAUAAG